CUGCCUCCGUUCAUCUUUGUAUACAUGCUAGCGAAAGGGAGUGACUUGAGACAGUUGAGAUAAGGCGUCCCUGCCCAUUUAAGACAUUUAUAUCACAAGACAACAGCCUGACGCUUACAAAACUACUGUGGUUGUAAAUAAGCAACAGGACUGUAACGUAACGAUUUGCACAACGCCAACCGUACAAGCGAGAGAGAGAGAAUGUGGCUGCCCAUGGUUGGAUUGACCGCCCUGCCACAUCUUGGAGGGCUAUAUGGCGGUUACAUCACUCGAAAAGAGGUGAAGACCUGGUACCCCACCCUGCAGAAACCAUCGUGGCGGCCCCCAAAUGGAGCCUUCCCCAUAGUGUGGACCUGCCUUUAUACAGGAAUGGGGUACGGCUCCUACCUGGUGUGGAAAGAACUUGGUUUCACUGAGAACGCUGUGGUGCCACUGGGACUUUACGGGAUGCAGUUGGCACUCAACUGGGCGUGGACACCCAUCUUCUUUGGCGCACACAAGCUCAAAUUUGCCUUCAUGGAGAUUGUGCUUCUAACUGGGACGGUCUGCGCCACCAUGUGGUCGUGGUAUCCCGUCAGCCGACUGGCCGCUGUGCUCAUGGCGCCCUACCUGACCUGGCUGUGUCUGGCCACCUCCCUCAACUACCGCAUAUGGAGGGACAACCCUGAGAAAAAGGAAGAGUAGAAGACAGAGCAGGAGACGUUUACGUGAGCCUUGAACAAACAGCAUCAGAAUUUUAAAUUUGGAUCAAUCCAUGUGGGUGCCAUUUAAAUCGAUCUCUUUCAAUGAAAUACAUUUUUAUUUGCACUAUGCUUAUGGUUUCUGAACCCAAACUGAUUGGAUUGUUAGGAUCACUUCACUGGCUUGUUGAUAACAAAUGACCAUUUGCACACAGUCAGAAUGACACUUUGGAAUUGCUUUAUUUAUUUUUACCGGCAGCCUUUUUACAGGUCCCUACAACACAGACUUUGCUUCAUCAUUUCCUAAUGUGAUCAUAAAUAUUUGACAGUCCGCUUCUUGGAUGACAAUGCUUAAUGAAACCUCACAUUUGAAGUUCUUCCAAAUAUGCAGCAGGAAUCAAAGACGGUACUGAAAUAUGUUAUGCGUCAAGUUUAAAGCACAUUUUCUAAAUUGUUUGGUGUGUUUAAAAAAAAUAAAAAAAACAAACAUUUUC